CAACCGUGUGAAUGUGCUUAAUGUGUGCACUCAAAAAUGGCUAAAAUGGGUAUGGGAUGGCAAACAGGUUAGCAGAAAAGCCUCUGAGAGGGAGCUGGGGAUUUGGCUGCUCCGUGCCCUGCCUGGCAGCCUAGGACUCCCUUCCUGGGCCCCCUACACCAUGGACCCCCCGGGGUACAACUGCUUUGUGGACAGAGACAAGAUGGACGCUGCCGUGCAGGACCUGGGCCCCAAGGAGCUGAGCUGCACCGAGCUGCAGGAGCUGAAGCAGCUAGCUCGCCAGGGCUACUGGGCCCGCAGCUAUGCCCUGCGGGGCAAGGUGUACCAGCGCCUGAUCCGGGACAUCCCCUGCCGCACCGUCACGCCGGACGCCAGCGUGUAUAGCGACAUCGUGGGCAAGAUCGUGGGCAAGCACAGCACCAGCAGCCUGCCCUUGCCCGAGUUCGUGGACAACACGCAGGUGCCCAGCUACUGCCUGAACCCGCGCGGCGAGGGUGCUGUGCGCAAGAUCCUGCUGUGCAUUGCCAACCAGUUCCCGGACGUGUCCUUCUGCCCUGCCCUGCCAGCCGUUGUGGCCCUGCUGCUCCAUUACAGCACAGACGAAGCCCAGUGCUUCGAGAACGCCUGCCGCAUCCUGGCCUGCAAUGACCCCAGCAGGAAGCUCAUGGACCAGAGCUUCCUGGCCUUCGAGUCUUCCUGCAUGACCUUCGGGGACCUGGUGAACAAGUAUUGCCAGGCGGCCCACAAGCUGAUGGUGGCCGUGUCCGAGGACGUCCUGCAGGUCUACGCGGACUGGCAGCGCUGGCUGUUCGGGGAGCUGCCCCUCAACUACUUCGCCCGCGUCUUCGAUGUCUUCCUGGUGGAGGGGUACAAGGUGCUGUACCGUGUGGCGCUGGCCAUCCUCAAGUUCUUCCACAAGGUGAGAGCCGGGCAGCCGCUGGAGUCGGACAGCGUGAAGCAGGACAUCCGCGCCUUCGUCAGGGACAUCGCCAAGACCGUGUCUCCGGAGAAGCUGCUGGAGAAGGCGUUCGCCAUCCGCCUCUUCUCCCGGAAGGAGAUCCAGCUCCUGCAGAUGGCCAACGAGAAAGCUCUGAAGCAGAAGGGCAUCACCGUCAAGCAGAAGAGGCAGUUUGUGCACCUGGCCGUGCAUGCAGAGAACUUCCACUCCGAGAUUGUCAGCGUGAAGGAGAUGAGAGACAUCUGGUCGUGGGUCCCCGAGCGCUUCGCCCUCUGCCAGCCCCUUCUGCUCUUCUCGUCCCUGCAGCAUGGGUACAGCCUGACCAGGUUCUAUUUCCAGUGUGAAGGACAUGAGCCCACCCUCCUGCUCAUCAAGACCACGCAUAAAGAGGUGUGUGGGGCUUACCUGUCAACAGACUGGAGUGAGAGAAACAAGUUUGGAGGCAAAGUGGCCUUCUUUGGGACCGGAGAGUGCUUCGUGUUUCGGCUGCAGCCUGAGGUCCAGCGCUAUGAGUGGGUGGUCAUCAAACACCCAGAGCUGACCAAGCCCGUGUCCUUGGAGGUCCCUGCCACCCCGUCCCCACCCUGCCGCCCUGUGUCCUCUGACCCUGCUGACCGCCUCUCGCCCUUCCUGGCUGCACGUCACUUCAACCUUCCCUCCAAGACGGAGUCCAUGUUCAUGGCCGGGGGCAACGACUGCCUCAUCAUAGGUGGAGGGGGCGGCCAGGCACUCUACAUCGAUGGGGACCUGAAUCGGGGCCGCACCGGCCACUGCGACACUUUCAACAACCAGCCCCUCUGCUCUGAGAACUUCCUCAUCGCGGCUGUGGAGGCCUGGGGCUUCCAAGACCCUGACACCCAGUGACAGGCCUGCAGAGACGGGCGGUUAUUGGCUGAGAAAUGGAUUUUUACUUGACCGACACUUUGGAGCAUCUGAAUGAAGAAUCUGAAUGAAUGAAGUGAGACCAAGUGAAAAUAGACUGGGGUGUGGCUUGGCAGACAAAUCUAAGCUGGGAAACGUGAAAAUAAAUGAUUUAGUGACCUGGUUGGUCAGUGUUCCUUUGAGUCCUAAAUAAAAUGAAUGCCAACGAAUGGAACCUCA